AUGACAGAACAAAUACCAUUUCAACGUACAUCCACCAUAAAACAUCGUAUUAGUAGAACUGGAUCAAUUGGACAAGAUCAUAAUAAUAAUAAUAAUAAUACAAUUGGUAAUAUGAUGACAACUAGUGGAAUAAAUAAUAGUGGAAUACAACAUCAACAAUCCAGUAUAAGAAGACCAUCAAUUAUGCAAAAAUAUAUGGGUGAAAUUGAAUUUACUGGAUUAAAUCAAACAGCUAGAUUUUGUAAAUUAAAUAGUGAUACGCCAGAUUCUGUAUUACGUGAUAUUCUUAAACGUAAAUGGGGUUUAAAACCACCUACAUUAAUUAUAACUGUAUUCGGGACAGAUUUUGAAAAGAAACGUAAAUUAAAAAUGAUCUUUAAAAAAGGUUUAUGGAAAGCAGCUGAAAGUGGUUGUUGGAUUGUAACAGGUGGUUUUCAUUUAGGAGUAAUGAAGUUAACUGGUGAAGCUGUACGUGAUUAUACAGAUGCAUAUGGUGGAAAUCGAAUGAUGGCAUUUGGUGUAGCAAGUUGGGAUUGUGUAACAAAAAAUGAAAUACUUGAAGCAGCUUUACAUGAGGGUACAGCAGUGUAUCAAUCUGAAGAAGAUGAAGAAGAAGAAGCUGAAGAUAGUGAACCAAUUUUAAUUGAUCCAUUAUCACAAAGCGGUUUAAAAUCUGUUCGUAGUGAUAUUGAAGAACGUGCCUUAGAUCCUAAUCAUAAUUUUUUUGUUUUAGUCGAUGAUGGAACAACUGAUCAAUUAAAAGGUAAAGAAGCUGAAUUACGUGCAAGAUUUGAAAGAUGUAUAUCAUUAUGGAAUUGUGCAAGUAGUCCACAAGAACAAACAACAACUGCUACAAGUCCUCAAAGUGGACCUAUAAGUUCUACAACACAUUUACAACAACAACAACAGCAACAACCUCAAAAUGGUAUUUCUACACCAUCUAACAUCAAUAAUAAUGUAAACUCAGUAGGAUUACAAAGACAAGGUAGUACUAUGGGUGGACAAAUUAGUACAACAUCUGGUCCACAAACAAGUGCAACAUCAAUUGGUAAAAAUUCUGGUAUAACCGGUGGUUCUACUAGUAAUUCUGCUUUAAGUAAAGGUGCAAGUGAACCAAUAGUUAGUAAUCAACCUAUUUCAACUACAUCUGUUACACGUGGAGCAAAAGAUAAACUUACUACUGAAUCAAGUCUUAAACCAGCAAAAAGUGGAAAAUCAGUUGGUAGUGAAGAAGAAAUUUUAGUUCCAAUGUGUGGAUUAGUUGUAGGUGGUGAUCGAUUUACAUUACGUCAAGUUUAUUGUUCAAUGAUUAGAAAUCGUUGUCCAAUUGUUGUUACAAAGGGUACAUCUGGUGCAGCGGAUGUAUUAGCAUUUGGAUUAGAUGCUGCAAAUAAAAUGGCAUCUGAAGAAGUUGUUGAUGAUAAAGAUCAAGUACCAUUGGAGGCUAGGCUUGAAUCAAUCAUUGAAGAAUUUCUUGGUGAUUUACAUCCAGAUUAUACGAAUUAUACAGAUGAAGUGAAUAUGUUAUGUGAAAUAAUCAAUGACUAUACAAACUUAGUAUCAGUAUUUGAUAUGGAAGAAGAUUCUGAUUUGGAUGGAUAUGUAAUCUCUUCAUUGCUUGCCAGUGCUGGUACCACGGUUACAUCAGAUCAAAUUAAUUUAGAACAAUUAGAAAUUACUUUAACAUUAAAUCGUGCUGAUAUUGCACGUGAAAAAAUAUUUUUAGAAAAUAAAAAAUGGAAAAAAGGUCAAUUAAAUGAUUAUAUGUAUCAAGCAUUAAUGAGUGAUCGACAUGAUUUUGUUAAAUUAUUCUUAGAACAAGGUUUUAGUUUAGAAGAUUUUCUAACUAUCUAUAUGUUAGAAAAAUUAUAUACAGAUCAAUUAAAAAAUUUGAAUUCCAAAGUAGCAAUAUUCAAUAAAAUGUGGGAAUAUAAUCGAUCACAUCGAACAUCGAAAGUGGCAUUACGUGAUGUUGGCAAAGUGAUUAAAGCAUUAGUUGGUGAUUUUUAUCAUCCACUUUAUUUAAGUAAAGAAUUUCAAGCGAAAUUAAUGCCGGAAAAAAGGCUAGAAGGCGCUGACAUUUGUCAACGUUUAUUAGUUUCUCAUAAAUUAAGAAAUAGUCAAGAUAUUAGUCAUUUAUCAUCAUCAUCAUCAUCAUCAUCAUCAUCUUCUUCAUCAUCAUCUUAUAAUAAUAAUAAUAAUCAUAAUCAUAAUGGUGCUAUAUGUCCACGUACACUUGGUUUAAGAGAUAGUGUACGAUUUAUUGAUUAUGGAGAAGAUUAUGAUUAUAUGAAUUUACAUAAUGUACAUACAUCAUCAUUACCAUCAGCAGCAGCAGCAGCACCACCACCACCACCGACAACAACAACAACAACAAUAGAAGAUAUAGGAUUUCGUAAUCCAGCAUUUUUAGAAUGUGAUAAAUAUGGAACACGAGCAAUAAUUCGACGAGGAGCUACAAGUGUUGAACCAGCUGAAAAGAAUCAUGAUGAUGGAGAUGAUAAUGAUGAUGAUUACAAUGAUGAUGGUGAUGAUAGGGAAUAUAAUGGUGAUGAAUUAUAUGGAAAUAAUAUUGAUGGAUAUACAAUUAAUUCUAGAUUACCACGUAGUUCAACUACAAUGACAACAAUUAGUGGUGAACCAUUGAUUGCAUCAACUAUUUUACGUUCUAAUGAUAAAGGGAAUACAAUGGGUACAUCAACAAUAACACUUAUUGGAGGGAGUAGAUUACGAGAAGGAAAUAUUCCACAUCAAUAUCAUUCUAUAGAUCAAAUGAAUUCAUCACAUUCCCAUUCACGUAAUCCAAUGAUAACUAUAUAUGAUAAACAACAAAUCAAUGAUAUCACUGAUGAUAUAAAUAAUCAAUCUAAAAAAAGUAAAUAUUUAUCAGCGACUAGAAACAAUGAUGGUAAUCGUAAUGGGCAUAGUAGUCGAAAUAAACAUGGUCGACGUUCAUCAUCUCAAACCAAUGAACAUGAUAUGUUGAUACCAGGUCAACCACUUAUAUAUAAUGCAACAGUGACUAAUGUUAGUCGGUCAGGCCAUGGUUCACGUGGUCCAUAUACAAGUCUUGGUCCAGGUCAUUUCCGUAUAGCCGGAAAAGCACCAUUGGCUUAUGAUACCACUUCUAUGGGAACAACAACUCCGAUUCAAUCACCGAAACCAGCUAUAAAUGAUACAUUACAAUUUUCAUUCGACAAUGAACAUGUACAACUUAAUUCUGUACUAAUUUCUCCAAUUCAAAAUGAAAAAUCAAUUAAACCGGUACUUUUUGAAGAUGAAGCAAAUAAUAAACCAUCUAGAUCAUGUUUCAUGUCAUGUAUACAAAAAAUUUCAUCAUUCUGUAGUCGAUUAUUCAGAUGUAAUACUGAUUCAAAGAAAUCAAACAAAGGUUUAAAUGUUAGUCAAGAACCGUCUGGUAUUAAAGGGCCUAAAGAAUUUGCCACUCUUCGUGCAAUGGCUGCAUUAGCUGCAGCGACAGCAGCAACAGCUGUAGCAGAUCCAACAAAAACUUCUCCAGGAGAUUUAUUAAUUCCAUCAAAUUUCUUUGAACCAGUUAAAAUGAUGCAUCUAGAUCAUCCUGACAUGGUUACAGAAGAUUAUGAAGAACAAACAAAAUCAAUUCAAUUGGAUCGUCCAGCUAGAGAACUAUUAAUAUGGUCUAUAUUAGUUGGUAAACUACGUAUGGCUGAAUUAUUUUGGACGAUGGAAAAAGAACCUAUCGCAGCUGCUCUAUUAGCUUCAAUUCUAUUGACAUCUUUAGGGAAUAAAACAGAUGAUUUUACUGAUAAAGAAGACUAUAGAAGCUUUGCAAAAAACUUUCAAGAACGUGCUGAAGGUGUCUUGAAUGAAUGUUAUCGUGAAGAUGAACAUAGAACACAAUUAAUUAUUAAUCAUGAAUUAAUUUAUUAUGGUCGUAGUUCAGUAAUUAAAUUAGCUGCUGAAGGUCAAAGUAUAAAAUUUAUGGCACAUCCAUGUUGUCAAGAUUUUCUUACAAAUACAUGGAGUGGUAAUUUAUCAACUAAGAAUAGUGUAUUUAGGUAUAUUAUGGGGGUUGUUUGUGGAUUGACAUUACCAUUUUUAAUACCAAAAGUUAUAUUAUCCAAGCCUAAAACAAUUCCAACCACAGAAGGAGAAGAAUCAAGUCCUACUUCGGAACAACAAGGAUCUACACAAAAUAAUCAUACUUUAAAAUAUGUUUUAACUGCAGAAGAUGCUGGUAAAAAAGGUGUUCGGAAAACAUUACAAGCUAGAACUUUGGAAUAUAUUUCACAAAUUCGUGACUUUUAUAUGGCACCAGUUGUUCGUUUUGUGUAUAAUACUAUUUCAUACAUCACAUUUCUCAUCUUAUUCAGUUAUUUAUUAUUAGUUGAUUUUCGAAUCAAUAUCACAGUUGUUGAAUAUGUUGUUAUUGCUUGGGUAAUUACAUUAUUUAUAGAAGAAAUUAAACAGAUUGCAUGGGCUGUAUUAUCUGGGAUCAGUUUUAGAACUUAUAUAUCUGAUGGAUGGAAUAAAUUAGAUUGUGCUGGUUUAGCAUUAUAUAUUGUUGGUUUUAUAUUAAGAUUAAUUGUAUUAUUACGAUUACGUAGUCAUGAAGGAGAGAAUUUGAAUAUACAAUAUGAACGUUAUUAUAUUGUGACAGAUCCAAUAUUAGAUCCAUCACGUAUAUGUCUUGCAAUUAGUUUAUUCACAUUCUAUAUACGUUUAAUGUAUACAUUUAGUUUUCAUAUUGCAUUAGGACCAAAAUUAAUUAUGAUUGGUAAAAUGGUGACCAAUGAUUUAAUUCCAUUUAUGAUUAUUUUAACUGUGAUUAUGGUUGGUUAUGCGGUGGCUGCACAAUCAAUCGCCUAUCCAAAUGGUUUAUUUACCAAAGAGAAUAUGACAUUAAAUUCUGAAAUUAAACAUAUGACAUUUGCUGAUAUUAUAUUCUCAAUGUAUACAACUGCAUAUUUUCAAAUGUUUGGUGAUUUUAGUUUAGAUGCAUUACAAGGAGAAGGUAAGUUGAAAACCAUACGAUUAUUAGUAUGA